AUGAGACCCAAAAGAAAACGAAGAGUAAAGGAAGAAGACGAGAAAGUGAUAUUCGAGGGUGAGCUACUAAAACUAAGUGCAGGUGUGUCUAAAAACACUGCUAUCAGUUAGUCUGCAAAUUAAAAUCACCAAGCUAAUUCACAAUAUAUACCCAGAUGGGUACAAUUGACAGAAAAUAAAUUCAGAUACUUUAAAAGCUAGAUUUAAGCUUAUCAGCAACCAGGAAAGCCUUUACUCUCUAUCCCCAUUGAGGAAAUAGUGCAUAUUAUUAAAACUAAGGCGUCUAAAAAUGAAAUUUACAUUGAGUUCAUUAUGGAAAACUAGCUCACACAGUAUAUACUAAAAAAUAACUUGAUUGAAAAGGUUUAUAGUACUCAGAAAAAGCAAGAAUCUCCAACUAGAAUCAACAAGAAUUACAGUCCUGAUAGAGAAGUCAUACCUGGACAUCUAAUGAGAUUGCCUUUACAAUCCCGUAAUUCUACCUUGUAGUCGGGAGGGUUCUAGACAACUGUAUAAAAUAAAGUUUAGAACAUUCAAUCUAAUUUUUCUCAUCACAUUCAUGAAGAGUUUUUUUAAGCCAGUAAGAAAAAAAGGAAAAUUGGAGGAGUAUAUUAGACUUUAAUGGAGGAAACUGAACCUAUAGAAACAAAUCAAUGGACUCAAAGAGAAUUCAACUGGUUUGCUCUUGAAGAAGUUCUGCUAUUUAAAAACAAUAAAGACAAUAUUUAAUUUGGGGAUUUUGAUUUCAUUAAUAAGCUGAUUAAAAAGAUCGACAAGUAAAAGUAAAAGCUACUUUAAAGAGAUGUUUAAUCAUAGGUUAUUACAAAAGAAUAAAAUGAUAAUACCAACUAGAAGCAUAAACAGCAUAAGAUAAUUAGAAACGAAAUCUCUAAAUUUGAAGAUUAAUAGCAUUUUACAUUCUCUGAUAGCAAGAGAUAUCAUUGA